AUGGCUUAUUACGGUAGUGGAUACGUUGCUCCAAGUGGAAGUGUUUUUGGCGGAUACCUUGGUGGUUAUAAUCAAACUCCAGAAGGUUUUGUUUUUCCUUCAAAUACAAAUACUAUAGGACUUGGCUAUUCAACUGUGUCGGAUCUAGAUCCAAUUAAUUAUUAUCCUGGUGUUGCUCAUUAUUGGCCAUCAUCUGCACUUAUUGAAUCACAACCGGUCAUUACUCCAAUAAGUAGUGGAUUUCUUGAUCCGAAUUUUGGUAUUAUUAGUGAACUGUAA